AUAUUAUUAUUAUUAGUUCAGAGUCAGAAUAAACUUCACUGAUCAACAAACUAAACUGAGUUUUAUUUCUGUUUUAUUUUCUCCACUGAAAAUAACUUCAAACAUUAAAGUCAAUUAGACUGACUCAGUUUUGCAUCAAAGAAUAUUAAUUUUACAUAUCACUUUGAUCUUUGAAUGUUUCUAUCUUCACCUCAACCAGACAAUCAAUAACUAUUGGUCUGCUCCCUCCUUCAGUUAAUUCAUGAUUAUUUAUUUGAGUGUCAUAUUCACUUGUUUAUGUAACUUCAUAAUUUUAUUGAUUAUUGAUUUACUUUCCCUCUGGAGAUUUAUUGUCCAUCAGUUUAGUUUGUAACCUGCAGUUCACUGAGUCUCCACCAGAGGGAGCUCUUCUAUUCUAAGAACUGAAGCACUUCUACCACAGAGUAUCACAGAGUACCGAGAUACUUCUACCAUCGAGUAUCAGAAACUGCUAGAGUACUUCUACCACCGAGUACCGAAGUACUUCUACCACCGAGUAUCAGAGACUACUAGAGUACUUCUACCACCGAGUACCGAAGUACUUCUACCACCGAGUAUCAGAGACUACUAAAGUACUUCUACCACCAAAUAUCACUAAGUACUGAAGUACUUCUACCACCAAGUAUCACUGAGUACUGAAGUACUUCUACCACCGAGGGUUACAGAGACUACUAAAUGGGCGGAGCCUGUGGCAGCAGAAGGCUCAUUGUCUGAGGCCGACUCUCUCUUUCUUUCUUCAUGUGGGGGAGGAGAGUGGGAGGAUUAACCGGCUGAUCUGCGACACGCGCUCACACACAACACACACAUUUCAUAUUAACAACACAACAGCUUCAUCUGGAUCAGCAUCCUCUUCAUCAGCAUCCUCUUCAUCAUCAUCACCAUCAUCAGAAGCAGCAUCAUCAGCGGCGGCGGAGAGGACGAGAGACAAAGAGACACACAGACAGACGGAGAGACAGACAGACGGGAUGGAGAGACCAGCGAUCUCUGCCGUCUAACGACAGACAGACAGGAGAGGGAGACAGACAGGAGAGACACACAGACAGGCCUUCAUCCCCUCGACCGCCUGUCUGUGUUCCGUGUGUGAUGGCCGACCACAUGUUCCUGCCGCUGUGCGUCUGUUGAGUGUGUAUUGUUGUAGGUGGGUGUGUUCACUGUGUGUGUGUGUUCGGUGUGAUGGGUAACGCAGAGAGCAUGGAGACCCAGCUCGCGGUGAUCCGGUCCAGAGCCGCUCCGGUUCGACUCCCGAUGCCCGACCCAGCAGAGCUGGAGGAGCGGUUCUCCAUCGCCCUGAAUUCGAUGAAUCUUCCUCCUGACAAGGUGCGUCUGCUGCGUUCCUAUGACAACGACAAGAAGUGGGAGCUGAUCUGUGAUCAAGAGCGGUUUCAGGUGAAGAAUCCUCCUCACACCUACAUCCAGAAACUCAGAGGCUUCCUCGACCCGGCAGUCACACGCAAGAAGUUCAGAAGAAGAGUCCAGGAGUCGACUCAGAUGCUUCGAGAACUCGAGAUUUCUCUUCGCACAAACCACAUCGGGUGGGUCAGAGAGUUUCUGAAUGAGGAGAAUCGAGGUCUGGAUGUUUUGGUCGAGUAUUUGUCCUUCGCUCAAUACGCCGUCACGUUCGAUGGAGAGCCGUCUGAGUCUGGAGGUGAAGUCUCGUCCAUCGACUCUCCCUGGAGUCGGUCCAUAGAAGACCUUCAUGGAGACUGCAGCCUCCCAUCCCCGUCUUCAUCUGUUCCCAGAGCAGCUCGACACUCCAUCAGCUCUGCGAUGGUGACUCGCUCCAACACUCUGCCGAGUCGCCGAACUCUGAAGAAUUCACGACUCGUCUGUAAGAAAGACGACGUUCAUGUCUGUGUCAUGUGUCUGAGAGCCAUCAUGAAUUACCAGUACGGAUUCAACAUGGUGAUGUCUCACCCUCACGCUGUCAACGAGAUCGCCCUCAGCCUCAACAACAGGAACCCCAGGACGAAAGCUCUGGUGUUAGAGUUGUUGGCGGCGGUGUGUUUGGUCAGAGGAGGACAUGAGAUCAUCCUGUCAGCCUUCGACAACUUCAAAACUGUUUGUUCGGAGUCGAUGCGUUUUGAGAAGUUGAUGGAACAUUUUAAGAACGAAGACGACAACAUCGACUUUUUGGUGGCCUGUAUGCAGUUCAUCAACAUCGUGGUUCACUCGGUGGAGGACAUGAACUUCAGAGUACAUCUGCAGUACGACUUCACAAAACUAAACCUGGACGAACACCUGGAGAGGCUGAAGCACACGGAGAGCGACAGGCUUCAGGUUCAGAUUCAGGCAUAUCUCGACAAUGUGUUUGACGUCGGGACGCUGCUGGAGGACGCCGAGACCAAAACCGCUGCUCUGGAGCGAGUCGAGGAGCUGGAGGAGAGCAUCGGCACAAUGUCGGAGCGUCUCCUGGACGUGGAGAAUGAAGCGAUGCUGAAGAUUGUUGAACUGGAGAAACAGUUGAUGCAAACCAACAAGGAGCUGGACAACGUCCGGGAGGUGUAUGCCAGCAGUAACUCUCAGGUGCACACCUUGCGGCGGAUUGUUCGGGAGAAGGACCAGACGAUCCGGCGUCAGAGUCGUCUGGAGCGACAGGCUCAGGAGGCCCAACAGGCCGGAGGACCCGGAGCUCCUCAACCCCAGAGAGGAGAGGGAGACGGGGGAGUUGGUGACUCCGCCUCCCCCUCACCUCCACCUUGUCCUAACCUGUCCCCCAGUCCUGAGACCGUAGCCUAUCACAGCAUGGGACCGGCGAUAGGCGGAGCUCCAGGGAUGCCGGUCCCGCCCCCUCCACCUCCUCCGCCAACAAUGCCAGGCAUAGUGUCCAAUGGGUCAUGCCCUGCACCUCCCCCCGCUCCUCCUCCUCCUCCUCCUCCCCCCCCUCCUCCACCUCCUCCUCCUCCUCCAUGUCGGACUAGCGAGCUCUCCUCCUCCGUCCCCAUGCCCCCCCCUCCUCCCCCUGCGGCCCCCCCUCUCCCAGGUUCGGGUGGGCCCACGGUCAUCUUUAACUCUGGACUUGCAGACGGUCCUCUCAAGUUAUUCUCGGUGAAGAUAAAGAAGCCGAUACAGACCAAGUUUAGGAUGCCUGUGUUGAACUGGGUCGCCCUGAAGCCAAGUCAGAUCAACGGGACCGUCUUCAACGACAUCGACGAUGAGGCCAUCCUGCAGGACCUGAAUGUGGAGGAGUUUGAGGAGCUGUUUAAGACAAAGGCUCAGGGUCCAGCAGUGGACUUGACUCUGUCCAGACAGAAACUUCCUCAGAAAGCUCCAUCCAAAGUUUCUCUGCUGGAGGCCAACAGGUCAAAGAACCUGGCCAUCACUCUAAGGAAGGCCGGCCAGGGACCGGAGGUCACUUGUCGCGCCAUCCACACGUUUGACCUACGGACAGUUCGGGUGGACUUUGUCGAGUGUCUGAUGCGUUUCCUGCCGACUGAGGCCGAGGUGAAGCUUCUACGACAAUACGAGAGGGACAGAAAACCUCUGGAGGCUUUGAGUGACGAAGACCGCUUCAUGAUGCAGUUCAGUCGCAUCGAACGACUCACUCAGAGAAUGUCCAUCAUGACCUUCAUGGGCAACUUCACAGACAACAUCCAGAUGUUAACUCCGCAACUCCACGCCAUGAUCGCUGCUUCAGUUUCUAUAAAGUCAUCUCAGAAGCUCAAGAAGAUCCUGGAGAUCAUCUUGGCUCUGGGGAACUACAUGAACAGCAGUAAGAGAGGAGCCAUUUACGGAUUCAAACUGCAGAGUUUAGACCUGCUCCUGGAGACAAAGUCAACAGACAGGAAACAGACUUUGCUUCAUUACAUCGCCAACGUUGUGAGAGAGAAAUAUCCUGCAAAGUGUUUGUUCUAUAACGAGCUUCACUAUGUGGACAAGGCUGCUGCAGUGAGUCUGGAGAACGUGCUGUGUGAUGUGAAGGAGCUGCAGCGUGGCAUGGAGCUCACCUGGAGAGAGUUUAGUGUUGGACACAAUGCCACACUGAAAGACUUCAUCAGCAGACACGAAUCACGACUCGGCAAACUGCAGGAGGACGCACGCAUCGCUCAGGAUGCUUUUGAAGACGUGGUGAAGUUUUUCGGGGAUAGCUCCAAGACGAUGCCGCCGUCUGUUUUCUUCCCCAUCUUCGUUCGUUUCAUUAAGGCAUACAGGCUGGCAGAGGAGGAAAACGAGCAAAGGAGGCGUCAAGAACAAAUGUUACUGGAGAAACUGGAGCAAGAGGAGCAGCAGGAGGAGGAGGAGACCAAGUCUCCCUCCCACAGGGCGAAGCGGCCGCAGCAGGAGCUGCUCACAGAGCUCAGACGACGACAAGGAAAAGACAGCUGCCAUGUUUAUGAAGGGAAGGAUGGAGCCAUAGAGGACAUCAUCACAGCUCUGAAAGCCGUACCCUUCACGGCCCGAUCAGCCAAACGCAGCUCUCGCUUCUUCUGUGACCCCGCCCACUCUGAGGAGCACUACUGAGACGGGGGGGGGAAGAGAGUAAGAGAGACAGACAGAGACAGAGAGAGAGUAAGAGAGACAGAGAGAGAGAAACUCAUAGCAAAAGAGUUUAUGUCAGCAUGUUUGAGGAGGAUGUCAUGUCUUCUUCAGAUGGCCACGCCCACUUCUAAUCGAGGGGACCAAUUAGCACUUUGAAAAUAUUUGAUGUGAACCGAUGACAUCAUGGCUUGUAUGUUAUUUUUUGGUCAGUUUGUGUUCACAGACACCAGCUGACCUCUGAUCCGUCCCUGGUUCCAGAGUCCUGGUUCUGGGGCAGCAGGUCUGUGGUUCUGUGGUUGUUCUGGGUAAUUCAAGUCUUUAACUGGAUCUUGUACAGGGUUCUGCUCCUUUAUUGUGUUCUACUGUGUUCUACUGUAUUUACUCGCCUUACCAGAGUCGGGGAUUCACACAGUUUGUGUUUUCCUUUCAUGAACUUUCAUUAAGAGUGUUAGCGUUCACAAACUAAAGAGUUAAACUCUGGUUAUCUGUGACUCUGCCUCGACCCGGUCACCUGUAUGUAUCACCGAAUGUAUCACCUGAAGCUCAAGGCUGAGGUGUGUACUGCAGUUUGAACUGUCACAGUGGGGGGGGGGGGGGGGGGGGCGCUGGAGCAGACACAGAACAAGAAAACACAUUUCCCAGUUUGAUCAGUUUGUCUCCAUCUCCCCAUCAAGAACAGUUUUCCUUCCAACAUGAAUCCAGAUUUAAAAUAAGAGACGAUGAACUGACCUGAUUCAGGAAACUAUUCUGUCCGGAACAUGAAGUUGGUCUGCUGGUGAGGCUCAGUUCAGGACACACCUGGAAGGACAUAAAGAGACACCUGUAAAAAGAUAGACAGUAUCAUCGCACGUCUGGACAAAUGGACAAACCUGGACCAACAGUACUUUACACAUACCUGCCGGGUUGUCCUUCAAGGCGUUCUUGUCCGUAUGGAGUGUCCCGUCUCAACCUGAGACCUGGACAGGUCAAAAUAAACCCACCUGGAUCAAACUUGGAUGGACAAUGAAAAACACAGAAAAUGAGGACAGACCGGUAGAGUUGUCCUUAAGUCUUCUGGAGUCCCUCCUGGUCCGUAGAGAGUCCAGUACCACAUCGAAGACAGUCACCUAUGUGUCUGGUCCAGCAUCAGCACCCCCCCCCCCCCUUCGCGUUUUCAUUAAAGAUCAUAAAACAUAAUUUGAAGUUGAAACAAAAGAAAAAAAGUGAAACAGCACAAAGUUUUCUAUGUGUACAUACAUUUUCUAGAAAGCUGUGUAGCGUUGCUCGUUCUGUGUUUGUUGGUUGUUGGUGAUUCUGCACUUGGUGGUUUAAAUAAAACACACCGUGUCUA